GCUGCAUCUCUCCGCGGCCUCCACCCACCAUGGCCACCCAACUCCGGAACUUCAUCCUCGCAGAGAUCCAGAAAUUCCGGUCCACCGCCAAAGAUGUCGUCACGUCGCGCACCUGGUGGUACCCCAUCCAGGGCCUGCUCUACCUAUCCACGCACGAACCCCUCCGGCGCCCGUUCCUCUCGCGCCUCGGCCAAACCGUCACCCUAGGCGUCGGCAUCACCUCCGGCAUGUUCUUCUUCACCUACCUGCCGCAGACGGCCCUGCUGGCACUCACCAACGGCCCCUGGGCCCCUAUCUCCGCCGCCUUCCUCGUCGUCUCCGAGUCCGCCUCCCUCACGACCCUCGUCGCGCGCUGCUUCUCCCUCCGUGACUCCCUCACUGAUACCUUUGACGCGACACUCCUCGCUAAAAACGCUGAUUCGCUGGUCGCGGAGGGCCGCAACAUCCAGCCUCCGUCGCGUGGCCACGAUGUCGUCGCGCGCCUGGGCAACCUGGUGAAGCAGCCGGUUGAGAGUCUCAGGCCCGAGGCGGCGCUGAGGGCCGCGCUGCUGCUGCCGUUGAAUCUGGUCCCGGUCGUCGGCACGGCGGUGUAUGUUUGGUUGCAGGGGCAGAGCGCAGGCCCGAGGGCCCAUGCGCGCUAUUUUCAGCUGAAGGGGUGGGAUGAGAAGAGGGCGAAGGAGUGGGUGCGUGGCCAUCGCCCGGGGUAUACGGGGUUUGGUGUCGCCGCUGUGGCGCUCGAGAUGGUGCCGUUCUUGUCGUUGGCGUUUGCGUUUAGUAAUACCGUUGGGGCGGCGCUUUGGGCGGCGGAUUUGGAGAGCGAGGAGAGGUCGGAUUCGUGAUAUGGGUGUAGUUGGUUUAGAAGGGAAGGGUUAGAUGGAUGGGUGUAAGAUUGUUGUAUGAUGUGGAUGUGGAUGUUGAUGCUGACUGCUAAUUUACUAACCUUCAGCUGUAUUUUUACUAAUUGAGGCUUUUGUGCUGCUCUGUACCAGAUUGUUCAGCCCCCUGAUGGUUGACACUCGGACAUGUCAUGAUUAAAUAUGAUAGCUAAGUCUAUAUGCAUGAAGUGGUU